AUGUAUAUACAAAAUUUCUUAUUAUUUUUUUGCUUAAUUGUUUUAAUAUUGCAAAUUAAAACAACUUCAUCAACAGUUCCUGGAAAACAAUGUUUUAAGGCUCAUGAAUGUUGGGGUACUGAACCAAUGGAUUCAGAUGGAUUACCUUUAAGUAUGACCUCAAGAAUAUCUAAACGUUUAAUUAUUGGUACUAAUAGUAAAGGAGUUAAAUGUCGAUGCCGUCUAGGGAUGUGCCAAUAUUACUCAUUAAUAGAAUCUAAUUUUUAUUCUUGUGAUGAAUUUUAA